GCUCAGUGGAUCACUACCGUAGCUGAUGCCUGAGGCAGUCAGUUGUUAUCGCGAGAAAACAAAUUGUCCCCGUGCAUCAUGCACUAUGUACCCGGAAGUAAGUGUAACAAACGUUGCAGACCGAAGUCUGCUGAGUUGAGAAACUAAGUCUGUUAACUAUAGGUUAAGGUCCAAAAUGACUCAGGUCACGUCACAGCGGUGGGGGGAAGUGCCUGGCAUCGGUGUUGUGGAUAUGUGGGUGCUCCAGUCCCCCCAGGUGAAGGUGGAAGUCCUCACUCUCGGUGCCAUCAUCAGGAGUGUGAUCAGUAGAGGAAAAGAUGGUCAGAUGGAAGAUGUUGUCCUUGGCUUCGAUGAUGUAGAUGGUUAUGUGUCAGAUAAGCGGUACUUUGGAGCUGUGGUGGGUCGCGUGGCCAACAGGAUUGCACGUGGACGCUUUGUGUUGGAGGGCAAAGAAUACCAACUAGAUAUCAACAACGGACCCAAUGCACUGCACGGAGGACUCCAAGGGUUUAAUAAGGUAGUGUGGCAGGCUACAUCAGUUGAAGGUGGUGUUCAACUGAGCCUCACCAGUCCAGACGGAGACCAAGGCUAUCCUGGAGAGGUGCACGUCUCUGUCUCCUACACUCUGCAGGGGGAAACACUGAAUGCUGAAUUUCAAGCCCAGUCUACGAAAACCACCCCCAUCAACCUCACCAACCACUCCUAUUUUAACCUGGCUGGACAGAGUGCAACAGACGUGUAUGACCAUGAAGUGUCCAUCAGUGCACAGUCUUACCUGCCUGUGGAUGACACAUCAAUUCCUACAGGGGAGAUCAGAGCAGUAGACAACACACCCUUUGACCUUAGAAAGCCUGUUCUGAUUGGCCCCCAGCUAAAAAAAGUUCCAGGUCCAGGGUUUGAUCACAACUUCUGCCUGUCAUCACCUGGAGACCCCUGGUUAGAUAGACAUGCUGCCAGGGUGCAUCAUCCAGCUAGUGGACGGAUCCUGGAGGUCUCGACCAGCCAACCAGGUGUCCAGUUCUACACAGCCAACUUCCUGGAUGGCUCUAUGACAGGAAAGGGCGGUGCUAGAUAUGGAAAGCACAGUUCCUUCUGUCUGGAGACACAGAAUUGGCCUGAUGCUGUCAACCAGGCCUCGUUUCCUGACUGUCUUCUGCGUCCUGGUGAAGAAUAUCGCCAUGUAACUCGUUACACCUUCACCACUGUCUGAUUUGACUGGCUCCUGAAAAUGACACAGCAGAAUAACUCUAUUAAGGGUAUCUGUGUCUCUACCAGCAGUAAAGAAAACAAGAGCAAAACUGAUCAUUUUAGAUGUAGAAAAUACAGGACAGAAUGGAUUGUAUAUAUAAUUACCAUUGUACAUAAUAUUACAUAAUCAUUUACCAUUUUUACAGUGAUUUUAGGUCCAGGUAUAUUUUGUAUUUUGAUGAUUAACUUAGGUAUGUGAUCUUAAAGUAAUGUAAUUCUCAUCACAGCAGCCAAACCUAAAAUAUGACGUUUGAUUUUGUGCCAUACCUAAGAAAUAUGAAUAAAGUGCUUUUAUGGCUAA